GAUCUUUAAUCUUAAUAUCUUCCUCGUUCAGAGUUGUUCAAAGGGCUUGAGCGCAGUUGGGCGGAGGGAGCGAAAUGGCAAACCAGGGAGCGAAGAAGCGCAAGGAGGAGAACACUCGCCACAUGGCCAGGCUCCUUCGCCUCAUCAUCGUCUGUAACGCCAUAUACAUUCUGGUGAGGAUGCUGAUCUUCUAUUCUACUGUCACAUGGAAGCAUUGGGUUGGCCUCCUUGUGACAUCAAUGGCUUAUGUUUUUCCAUAUCAACAACUUGCUGAAAUGGCAAACCCAACCUAUACGGAUGAUGGAGAGCUUAUAGAUGGUGGAUUUGAUAUGAGCACCGGUGGAGUUUGUGGUUACUUACAUGAUGUGAUCUACAUUACGAGCUUUGUGCAACUCAUGUCCAUCAUCUCUGGAAAAUUUUGGUACACAUAUUUAGUGAUUCCGGCAUUUGGUGCAUAUAAGCUUUUUGGUCUGACAAAGGGAUUUUUAUCUCAUGGUUCAGAGGAAGCCGUGGAGGAUGAAAAGGGUCGCAAAAAAAGGGAAAAGAUGGAGAAGAAGGCUUCAAGAGGCAAAUUUAUCAAGACAAGAAAUAAAUAGAAUUAUUUAUCAAACACAAACCUGGAUAAACUGGAGUGCGGCACUGGUUCUCUAUAAUGGGUUCGGCUGCCUGAUCAAGUAUUGGAAAGUAAAUGUUUACAAUCACCAUUAUCAUCUCGAAGGUCAUUUCAGUUGAUGGGGACAAAUUUGUUGUUCUAAUUUGUAAGAUAUAUAGCAUCCGAAGUUUUCAAAGCAGUUUAUUUUAGCAGUUGGAUAGUUUAAUCAUCUGGUUAGAGACUUUGGGUUCAAACUUCAAACCCAAGCAGUUAUACAGAACUAACAUCCUGUGUUUCUGUGUUGUAUUGCAUAGCUUGUUCAUCUUGACAGAUUUUUAUUAUUCAACAUGAUAGCAUCUUUACCUACUA